CUGCAUGCUGAGUCUCCUCUCACUCCUCUGUGCAAAAUCACUUCAUGCGACUGUUGCACUUGUUCUUGCUCCCCAGGUGGAAAGUUCCCCCUGCAUUCUGGAUGUGGACAUGUUCCACUCAGUGGGGAGUCUGGUGCUGUCCUAUUCAGCAUUGCACUGCUUAGACUCCUCAGGGCUUAGUGCGGAUACUGCACACCUGCAUCUCUUCCACUUGGUCAUUGUUGCUCACCUGGUCCAGAUCCCCCUCACCUCUGUGCCAGAGCAGCUGACCAUGGAGCAGGAGCGUGAAGGAGAGGAGUGGGAGCAGGAAGAGAGUGUCUGUCUUCUCUAUAACACAUUAAGGACUCAUGUAGGCUGCCUGCGUGAGACUAGCUCGGGUUGGCAUCUCUGGCGUUGUGUAAAGGCAGGCAUCCUGCCCUUCCUCAGAGGAGCCGCACUGUUCUUCCGCCAUCUCAAUGGAGUUCCCAUUCCGCCUGAGCUCAACGACGGCAGUGUGAAGUGGUGUGCCACUAUGUGAGGAGGGAGAAGUAUGCUCUGAGGAUGAGGAGAUGGAGCAGGGUGACGUGGCCUCUCUCUGGAGCUCCUCCACGUUCUUCACGCAAAAACAAUAACUCUCUCAAAUUCUGAUGGAGCGGCAUCUACAUAAGAAUCAACAAAGCACACAAACAUCAGUUCCGUUUUGGGACACCGAUUUUCUAAAUCAUUCCAUUCGCUUUCUAUUUAUUUAUGUAUCAUUAUUAAAAGAUCAAUCAUCAAGCCGGUGUAACCUUAAUCUUUAUCGCUAGCUGCUCCUGAAGUGUUUUGGAAAUCGUUUCAGCCACGUCAUGUUCACUCACCGUCCACUUUAUUAGGAACACCUGUACAUUCAUGUAGUUUUCUAACCAGCCAAUCAUGAAAUAUACAGGAAUAUAGAGGAAUCACAAGAAAACUCCAUUUCAACACAUUUAAAAAAAUAAAUCUCACAAUGUUGGAUUUGAGUUUGUAAUGCAGUGAGCACAACCAAGGAGUGCAUUUUAAAAAGAAAACUACAAUGUUGUUGAAGACUGAAUCCUGUACCUACAAACUAGAACUGACAAUGGAACCACUGAAGAGUCAACAGUGUCAGAGAUCCUCGUGUGUCCAGUUCCACUGUGUACGGCACUUUUUAUGCUUACCGACCCAUUACUCCAGCUUUUGUGUUUUUUUAGCUUUG